UUGAUCUUGGUCACAAAACCCUAAAAACCCAUAAUUUGUAGAGAAAGGAAAAGAGAUCAGUUGUUCUUAUUCUCCAAAAUGGCGAGGAAGAGAAAGGCUGCUUCCAAAGCACAACAAUCUUCUUCCGAUGAUGAUGAAAAGCUAAAAACCUACGACUCCGAAGAUCAAUCCUCUGAAGAAGAAGAAGACGAAGAAGAAGAACAAGAAGAAGAAGCAGAAGAAGAAGAAGUCGAAGAAGAAGAAGAAGAAGAAGAAGAAGAUGUAUCUUCGUCUGAAGAAGAGGAAGAAGACAAAGAUGAAGACGAAGAUGGCGAAGAAGAAGAGGAAGAAGACGAAACUUCAAAGCGAGAACAAAUUCGUAAGCUCUUGGAGCCCUUCGGGAAAGACCAACUAAUUGAAAUUCUCAAAGAAGCUGCCCUCAAGGACCGCUCAGUCAUCUCUAACAUCAGCAAAGCUGCAGAAUCCGACCCUGUUCAGCGCAAGAUAUUCGUUCAUGGCCUUGGCUGGGACGCCACCACUGAAACCCUAGUUUCAGCUUUUAAACAAUAUGGUCAAAUUGAAGAAUGCAAUGUUGUCACAGAUAAGCUUACUGGAAAGUCCAAGGGCUAUGGAUUUGUGCUCUUUAAGACCCGUAAAGGAGCUCGAAAGGCCCUUCAGCAGCCUCAGAAGAAGAUUGGGAACCGCAUGACUGCUUGUCAGCUCGCCUCAUCGGGUCCCAUGCCUAGUCAACCAUCUAUUGAUGCAACUGGUCGCAAGAUCUAUGUAGCCAAUGUUGGCCCUCAUAUAAACCCAGAGAAGCUUCGAGCUUUCUUCGCUAAAUUUGGGGAAAUAGAGGAAGGGCCACUGGGUUAUGAUCGGAACACUGGGAAGCUUAAGGGUUUUGCGAUUUUUGUGUACAAGACGCAAGAGGGAAGUAAGAAGGCAUUGGAGGAGCCAAUAAAGAUGUUUGAAGGUUGCACAUUGCAGUGUCAAAGAGCAGGUGAAGGCCUCAGGGAUAAUAAGAGUCAGGCAGCGGUUGCAGCUGGUUCUGCGGUAUUGCCGCCCAACGAUCUUGCUCUUACUUAUGCAAUGGGAUUGAAUCCGGGAAUGAUGUAUCAGAGUUUUAAUCCGGCAGCUAUGGUUGGUCAGAAUCCAGGGAUGGGGGUAUUGAAUCCUGCACUGGAUGCAUCAUUAAAUCAUGCAGCUAUGACUCCCUCUGUUGGUAGUGGAUUGUCUCCUUCUGUGAAUCGAAGCGGAACUCCAACAGUGGGAUUGAGUGCAGCCUAUGCCAGUCACACGAGUAUCAAUAGCUUUAGUCCAAGUGUGAUUGGUAGUUAUGGUUCUCAGGCAGCUUUGCAAGGGUUGGGAGCUUACCAGAGUGCUCAAUUGGGUCAGUCCUCUGCUGUAGCAAGUGCAGCAACAAGGUCUCAACCUGGUCUUGGGCUGAUAGGAGCAAUGCCUUCGUACUUUGGACGCUAGCUACACCUGAGGAAUGAAGAAAAUAUGGAUUGGGAUUGCUGAUCAUCUAAAUUGGUGAGGAAAUUGUCAUGGUGAUGUUGCCAGCACUUACAAGCACGAGAACCAGCUUUUCCCAGUUUGGGGCAAAUCAGCCUUUAGUCCUCGAUAUAUGUCAUGUUCAUUGAACUCUGCUCAUACCGAUGGUUGU